UUCUCUCCUUCACUGUGCUUUAUUGGCACCCACUACAGCCACUAUUAUGAUACUGCUCCUCCCACCAUCGUAAUGGAAUCCGCAGCUUCUUUCAAUAUUGACACUAAUGGAAGCCAUGGUUACUAUGACAGUAUUGCUUGGUUCGACAGCAUAUCAGAGAAAGCUGGCCUCGUCCAGACGGAGACUCUUCGCCGGAUUCUUGAACUCAACUGGGGUGUGGAAUAUCUCAAGAAAUGGAUAGGCGAUAUUAAAGUCCAAGAUAUGGAUUCAUGUGCAUUGGAAUCUCUUUAUACCUCUUUGGUGCCUCUCGCCUGCCAUGCAGAUUUAGAGCCUUAUAUUCAUAGAAUCGCAGAUGGGGACACAAGUCCGUUACUCACACAACAACCUAUAUCCACUCUCUCCUUAAGCUCUGGAACCACAGAUGGAAGACCGAAGUUUGUUCCCUUCACUCGCCAUAGCUCCCGGACUACUCUACAAAUUUUCACCUUGGCAGCUGCUUACAGAUCAAGGGUUUAUCCCACAAGGGAAGGAGGAAAGAUCCUAGAGUUCAUAUACAGUAGCAAACAAUUCAAAACAAAAGGGGGCUUAACAGUAGGAACAGCUACAACCCACUAUUAUGCAAGUGAAGAGUUCAGGAUCAAGCAAGAAAAAACUAAGUCCUUCACAUGUAGCCCACCAGAAGUCAUUUCUGGUGGAGACUAUAAGCAGUCCACUUAUUGCCAUCUUCUGCUUGGCCUCUUCUUUUAUGAUCAAGUAGAAUUCAUAACCUCCACUUUUGCCUAUAGCAUAGUACAAUCCUUUGCAGCAUUUGAAGAGAUAUGGCGAGAGAUAUGCAAUGACCUUAAAGAAGGCACUUUAAGUUCAAGAAUCACCUCGCCUGAAAUGAGGAAAGCUGUGUUGAAUAUCAUCUCAUCUCCAAACCCAAUGUUAUUAGCUUCAAGAAUUGAAGAAAGCUGCAACAAGCUAGAAAAUCUGGAUUGGUUUGGUUUGAUUCCUAAGCUGUGGCCUAAUGCCAAGUAUGUAUAUUCCAUAAUGACAGGCUCCAUGCAACCUUACGUGAAAAAAUUAAGGCAUUAUGCUGGGGAUUUACCAUUAGUUAGCGCUGACUAUGGAUCCACAGAGAGUUGGAUUGGGGUUAAUAUGGAUCCAUCUUUGUCUCCAGAGAAUGUUACCUUCGCAGUAAUACCCACUUUUUCUUAUUUUGAGUUCAUGCCACUUCACAGGCAGAAUCAAGAUUGCAGUCCAGCCAUUGAUGACUUCGUAGAAGAUGAGCCAGUUCCACUUUCUAAAGUUAAGCUUGGACAAGAGUACGAGAUUAUCCUCACUACUUUUACUGGGCUUUAUAGAUACAGGUUAGGAGAUGUAGUGGAAGUAGCUGGUUUCCACAAAGGAACCCCCAAAUUGAACUUUAUAUGCAGGAGAAAGCUAAUACUAACAGUAAACAUUGACAAGAAUACUGAGAAAGACCUUCAACUAGUGGUGGAAAGGGGUUCUCAGCUGCUGAGCAAGGCUAGAGCGGAGCUUGUUGAUUUUACUAGCCAUGCUGAUGUCGCGAACCAACCUGGUUACUAUAUAAUUUACUGGGAAAUAAAAGGAGAGGUAGAAGAGGGUGUUCUUGAAGAGUGUUGCAGGGAAAUGGAUGCAUCUUUUCUGGACCAUGGUUAUGUGGUUUCAAGAAAAGCCAAUUCCAUUGGACCAUUAGAGCUUUGCAUCGUGGAGAGAGGAACUUUCAAGAAAAUCAUGGAUUAUUUUAUAGGGAAUGGGUCUGCAUUGAGCCAGUUCAAGACUCCUAGGUGCACAAGCAACCAGGUCCUCUUGAGAAUUCUCAAUACGUGUACCAUUAAAAGGUUUCGCAGCACUGCGUACGGCUGAAAGAUGAAAGAAUUCCUAUAGUAUAACUAUUUAUAACCUAGAAUUUUACUAUUCUAGAUCAACAGAUACAAUUAAACACAUUGUACUUCUUUUGACUUUACGAAUGCGUAGUUCUUUCUGGUUUUAUUUACAGCAAUAUAUUAAUUAUUGUAA